GGCUGUAUCACCUGACCAGGACUCUGGAGAGGCAAUGGCGACCCCCAUGCUGCGCUGGUGCUGUCCUGGAAGGCGUUGGAUAUUUGCCGGGAUUGGCGGCGGUUCUCGCCACGGAAGAGGGGUUCCAACUGGGUCCACGUCCAGCGGGAAGAGGGGACAGAGCUCAGUGGCUCAGCAGCCCCUCAUCACGGCCCAGAAACCGAGGAAAGGUGAACGUGAAUGGGCAGCUGUGGUAGGUUUGGAGAUUCAUGCCCAGAUUGCCUCCAACUCCAAACUCUUCUCUGGAUCUCAAGUCGACUUUGCAGCACCUCCCAAUUCUUUGGUAUCUUUUUUUGAUGCAUCUCUGCCUGGAACUUUGCCGGUCCUCAACAGGCGGUGUGUGGAAGUGGCUGUGAUGACCGGCCUGGCCCUGGACUGCCACAUCAACAGGAAGUCCUUGUUUGACCGGAAGCACUACUUCUACGCAGACCUCCCUGCCGGCUACCAGAUUACCCAGCAGAGGCUGCCGAUCGCCGUGAACGGGAGCUUGGCGUACAGCGUCUGUGUGGGGAAGAGGUGGAGUCAGAUGGUCACCAGGACAGUGGGGGUCAAGCAGAUCCAGCUGGAACAGGACAGCGGCAAAAGCCUCCAUGACAACCUGCGGUCCCAGACGCUCAUUGAUUUGAACAGAGCGGGGGUCGGCCUUCUGGAAGUGGUCCUGGAGCCUGACAUGUCCUGUGGAGAAGAGGCGGCUGCAGCCGUCAGGGAGCUGCAGCUGAUUCUUCAGGCCCUGGGGACCAGCCAGGCGAACAUGGCAGAGGGCCAGUUGAGAGUGGACGCCAACAUAUCUGUGCAUCACCCUGGGGAGCCUUUGGGUGUUCGAACCGAAGUGAAGAAUCUCAACAGUGCCAGGUUUUUGGCCAAAGCUAUAGACUAUGAAAUUCAGAGGCAAAUCAGUGAACUCGAGAAUGGAGGUAAAAUUCUGAAUGAAACUCGCUCGUUCGAUUACAAGCUGGGGUGCACCGUGCCGAUGAGAGACAAAGAAGGAAAACAAGACUACAGGUUCAUGCCGGAGCCCAACCUGCCCCCGCUGCUGCUCUACGACUCGGGGUCCCUGGCCACUGGCGCAGACCCACAGCAGGUGAUCGACAUCGACCAGCUCCGGGAGCGGCUUCCCGAGCUGCCCCGCGUGACCCGUGAGAAGCUCGUGCGACAGUACGGGAUGCUGCCGGAGCACAGCUUUGCCUUGCUGAAUGAAGUUGGCCUACUGGAGUUCUUCCAAAAUGUGAUAAAAGAAACUAGGGCAGAGCCAAAAAAAGUGACUAGUUGGGUCCUCAACACUUUUCUGGGCUUUUUAAAGCAACAGAACCUUGCCGUCAGUGAGAGUCCUGUCACACCCUCUGCCCUGGCUGAGCUGCUUGACCUGCUGGACAGGAAAGCCAUCUCUUCAUCCGCAGCUAAACAGGUGUUUGAGGAACUGUGGAAGAGUAAGGGCAAGACCCCAGCACAGAUGGUUGCAGAAAAGAAGCUUGAACUGAUGCAGGAUGCAGAGGCGCUGGAGCAGCUCUGCCGCUCUGUGCUGGAGGCGCAUCCUCAAGUGGUCACGGAUGUAAAGAAGGGAAACCCCAGGGCCAUAAACAAACUGAUUGGGUUGGUCCGAAGGGCGACUCUCGGCCGAGCGGAUCCGACGGUGAUAAAGGAGGUGCUGGAGAGGCAGCUGUCGUCGUGACGGCUUCGGGUCCCCCUGCCACGGCCGGGCUGGAGCCUGUGCGCUGACGUCCUAGGCCCCAGCCUGACGCCCCGCCCGACCUGCGCCUUGAGGUGCCACCUCCACGCAGACCAGGCCUGGCGCCGUUGUUCAUCGACGUCACACGCUUCCGGGGGAGGUGCAGCAGUGGUGAGAAACAGCACGUCCUAGUGCGCAGUGACGCCGAGCUCAACGCCACAUGCUGUUUCAGAUACUGGCACCGCCCUAGGAACACGUUUCAUUCCGCAGGUCCCUCGACAAAUAUUUUUAAGCCCAUGCUAAGGGCCGGGCGUUGUUCCAGGUGCUGGGGAUUAGCAAUGAUGAAGCGAGGCCAUGAUCUGGAUGCGGUCUUUUGUUUGGGGCGCUCUCAUUAGCCUUAGUACCAGGAAUUAGCUGUAUUCUCCCACCCACUGAGGAAAAGUGAUGUUGCCCAUUCAACGCCCAGGGAUCCCAGAAGGCAGAGGUCUGAGAAUAAAUGAUUUUUUUUUUUUUUUUUUUUUGGUAAAAAAGACAACAGAAGUUUUCAAAUAAAUUUAAUGAAUAAAAUUUAUACUGAAAUAUCACAUAAAAAAUUAACUUACACGUCGAAGAUCGGGCAGUGGACAACCCCCCUCCCCACCCUCAGACCAAAAGUUUUAAAAGGCGAAAAAAAAGCUGUAACAUUAAACUGACUUGUUUUGCCUGGAAAGAAUAAGAUGGUAAGCUAGUAAAUCAAAAUCUUGACCUUUAAUGGUAACUGUGGUACAGUUAACAGUAGUCCAUGGAGGCUGCGUUGCCCUCACCCCUGUUCUUGUGGCAAUAAUACUAUUUCUCCGUCGCACUGGGGCACCCCUUUGUUCACCGCACGCCUUUGUUACCUCUGACUCACAACACUAAAGACCAGUUUUGCAAGUGCUGUUUUUUAAAAGCACAUGUCAAAUAAACCGUGACAUAAAA